AUGGUUCCAGAGGAAGAGUUGAGCGACUCGCUAGAAACUGAUGAUGCAGCUGUUGGAGUCAUUGAAGGUCCAGAUGUUGCCGCUCCAAUUGAAGACGCAGAACAAGAUAAUGAUAAUCCUCCGGCUGAGCAACCUGAACCAACUGACGAGAAUGAGAGACCACAGCGAGAACGAAGACCUCCAGAAUGGUUUGUUAACUAUGAUAUGAACUUUUAA